AUGAAACUUCUCAGCUUUUUAAUUGGACAAUGGCACGGCGUUGGCGAGGGUCUCCUACCGCAUGGGCCCUCCUUCAAGUACGAGGAAGACCUUGUCAUUGAAAACAUUGGCCAGCCUAACUUCGCUUACUCUGCUAUUUCAUUCAUUGAUGGAGUGCCUCGUCACAGAGAGUCCGGUUUUAUCAAGUGUCACGAAGACGGUCAGGCUCUCUUCUGCUUGGCCGAUAGUCUUGUGGAAACUGAAUCUAAAAGCACAAUAAUCCUCCUCGCCUCGGAUAGCAUCACCCGUGCCCCUUUCAACAGAGAGCCACGUGUUGUCGAAGUUGUGCGUGACUACAAGUACGACGGAGAGAGAUUGCACUUAGUUGUCCGCCUGUCAACUACGAGGAAUUCAAAAUUGAGUGAUCAUCUGCAGAUUACAUAUGAGCGCAAAAUGCAUUAG